UUAUCUUAGGACAUAAUUUCAAAGCUACAACCCAAAUGUUUUUGGUUCGUUAUGUUGAGACUUACUUUCAUCCUUGUCCAAUUAUGCAAAUUUCUCGCCUAUUCCUUUUGUCUUACGGAAAAAGUUUCCAAUUUCCUUUGUUGAAGGAUAUUGGGCUGCUCAUCAGUGUACAUGAUGUUGUUCAAUGUACUGAGCUAUAACAAUAUUUUGUGCUCUAACUAAGGAUUUUGACAGCUUGUGGCCAAUUAUUGAACAUAAGUGCUUUAUUACUUUGUUUCUGAAAAUUCCAUUAUCCUAAGAAAUAGCUAUCUCAUCCAUUUCAGAUGUGUUCAGCAGUUGAUCGUACCUCCGAUUUUAUACGUUCCGUUCAACUUAGUCGUUCUAAAUUGAAUGAAUUUAAGCGCCAAGAUGAAUUACCUUCUAAUUCAUUUGGAAAUCACGUAAUGGAUCACACAUCUUUGGGGAUGCCUAAAGCUAAUUCCAAUGAUUCCGUAUUUGAAAACAAUAUUUCACACAAAAUUAAUGUUCCAAAUGGAUCUAUGAAGAAUCAAGAUCACUCUAAUAAAAAAUCUACCGCUCUUAGUCAACGUUCACAGUUUAUGAAAGCGGCCUCAGUUAUUAGUCAAGAUCUAACGAAUACAUUUUCUAAAUUGGAACAGUUGAAUGCAUUAGCUCGCAAACAAACGCUAUUUGAUGAUCAUAGUUCGGAAAUUCAACACCUGACAUAUGUUAUAAAAGAGUCUAUAGCGAAUCUAAACAAUAGGAUUGCUAAUUUACAAGAAAUUUCGAAAUCUCAGGUAUCUGUUGGGAAACAACAAUCUACACACUCUCGUUCUGUACUAAUGGUUUUGCAAACGCAUCUUGCCAAAAUGUCUGAUCAAUUUCGAGGAGUGCUAGAAUACCGUUCUGAGAAUAUAAAGUCACAGAAUGCUCGUAAAAGCAAAUAUAGUUCAUUGGAUGACAAGUAUGAAUCAUCUGAAACAAUGUCAUCUAUAAAGCCUCCACAUGUUGUUAUUCCGUCAGUUUUGUUAAAAGAUGAUGAACGUGCUAGAGAAGCUUUACUCAGUGAAAAACAAGGAAAUGAUGGAUUGGAUGGUUUAGGGAAUUUAGGACCAUCUACUCUACCUAUAAACUCAAAUUUAGGACUUGCUCAAAAAUAUAUCAAUCCUGAUCAAACUGAUUCCUAUUUAUUAUCUCGAUCAGAUGCAAUGCAAAGUAUUGAGCAUACAAUUGUUGAACUAGGACAGAUUUUUCAACAAUUAGCUACUAUGUUUUGUUUUACAAAUGUGUAUAUAUGUAGGUUCAUGAACAAGAUGAAUCAAUUCGUCGUAUCGAUGCUAAUGUUGAUGAUGCAACAAUUUCCAUUGAAGCUGGUCAUUCAGAAUUAAUUCGUUAUUUUAAUUCAAUUAGUUCAAGUCGAUGGCUUAUGAUUAAAGUAUUUUUUGUUUUAAUUAUAUUUUUUGUAAUAUUUGUUGUAUUUUUUGCUUAAUUUUCUUCGGUUUUGUUUUUUAUUAUCAUUAUAAUUAGAGAAUGUAAGUAACAAUAAGGUGGAGGGGGAAGCAUAUGUUGAAAUACCUCUCUACUACUGAUUACAUAAUUACACUAUUUUGUUUUGUACCUUAUCGUUUUAUGGUUACAAAUACACAUACACACACACACACUAACAUACAUGCAUAGAUACAAAUAAAGUUUCAUACACAUUUCAUAUGUACGUAUGUAUGUAAGUACACAAAAGAAUAUGGUAUAUUUGAAUGACACAGAGAAGUUGGAAAAGCCUACUAGGAUUCCAAAUAGCUAUUCGUUUUCAAUAAUUAAUAAAUAAACAACCUGUCUUUCAUUCAAUUAACUCACUAUAUAUAAUAAUGAGUUUGGUUCUUAUGUAGUCUAGUUAGUUGUUGUGAAGGGGAUCAUUAUAGACAAUGAAGUAAAUAGGACUUAUUAAAUAUUAUAUUUCCUUGUCUCUAUGUGUUCCGUUCAUUCUUUCUUUAUACUCUGAUUAUUUUCUUUUAUUCUGAUAUUCUUAUUUUUUGUUUGUUUGUAAUUCUAUUUGCAUCAUUGAUGCUGUGUUCCCUUUAUAUAUAUAUAUAUCAACGAUGCAUUGUGUUUCUAGCGCGUGCACCCACCCACACACACACGAACUUUCUCUUAUACCUUUUCAAUCUAUACCUUCAGUCUUACCAUCUUCCAUGAAAUUAUGUACAGUGUGUAAAUCCAAAAUGUUUGACGAUAUUAUUUGGUCUUGUACUUCUCUUUUUUUUGGUACCCAAAUGGUUGAACUGUGCAACAUUGUUUAGUUAAAUAUAUAAUGACUGGGUCUAUUUAUCUCUGCCUUAUUGUAUGUAAAUGAUAGAUAAUUCAAUGAAUAUUACAGAUUGUUAUUCAUUUGUAUUGUUAAUAUAUUUAGAUCAAAUGACUUCAUUUAUUUUAGCCUUUGUACUUUCAUUUUGCCCCUUUAUUGUUUUGUAAAAAGAUUGUAUCAAGUUGUUUUCUUUCAUUCUGUUUACUGUGUAAGGUGAACUGAUUAGCUCUUCUUCUCUUUUUUAAAGAAAAGGAGGAAGAAAGAAUACACAAUUUAGAGGUGAUAGGAUAUAUGUCCGUGGAUUGGUUGAGGUUAGACAUCAACACCGUUGGAUGCCGGCCGACUCAGUGGUCAAUUGGUUAAAUGCUCUGGCGCGAGACUGGUAGGU